UGACGUUUCUGUUGACAGCGUUAUAGACGGCAAAAGUGUUUGGUCAUUUUCCUAGCCGCUUAUUAUUAAUUAGUUCUUUCUCUGAAUAAUCAUAAAAUUUGAGUUGAAAUAUGUUUUUAACACGUGCUGAGUAUGAUCGUGGUGUAAAUACCUUUUCACCAGAAGGACGCCUCUUCCAGGUCGAAUACGCCAUAGAGGCUAUUAAAUUAGGAUCCACUGCCAUUGGAAUUUGCACAAGUAGCGGUGUGGUACUCGCUGCCGAGAAACGUAACACUUCUGAUUUGAUGGUAUCUAGUAGUGUAGAAAAAAUCGUCCAAGUAGACCGACACAUUGGUUGUGUUACAUCUGGACUGACUGCUGAUGCACGAACAUUGAUUGACCGUGCACGAGUGGAAUGCCAAAACUAUUGGUUCAUCUACAAUGAACCAAUGCCGAUCGAAUCGUGUGCGCAAGCAGUUUCUGCUAUGGCUAUACAGUUUGGAGACAGCAGUGAUGGCGGCUCGGCAAUGAGUCGCCCAUUUGGUGUCGCCAUGCUAUUUGCCGGAAUUAAUGAAGGUAUUCCUCAGCUUUGGCACAUGGAUCCAUCGGGAACGUAUGUGCGCUAUGGUGCUAAAGCAAUUGGUUCCGGCAGCGAGGGAGCCCAACAAACACUGAAAGAUGAAUAUCAUAAAGAUAUGAGUUUGCAAGAAGCGACAAAAUUGGCAAUGUCUAUUUUGAAACAAGUAAUGGAGGAAAAAUUGGAAUCGAAGAAUGUUGAAGUGCUGGUGAUGAGACCAAACGAAGAUUUCCGCAUGUUUUCGAAGGAAGAGGUAGAACGGGAAAUAGGUGCGCUUUAGAACAGUAAGGGUCAGUGAGAUGUGUCGGGAAGCGACUACUCAUAGAUGCACAUUCAAUUUGUUUUGCUUAUGGUACUUUGUAUUUAAAUAAAAUAUAAAAAAAUUAGGGCUUUUGGAUACUUUAUAUCUGAAUAUGUUCAUAAAAUA